AUGGGUGCACCGCUAGCUCCACUAAUGGCCGAGUUAUUCAUGCAAGGUUAUGAGAGGAAACAUAUGGGAAAACUAAAAGAUAUUGGUGUUAAAUAUUGGCGUAGAUAUGUUGAUGACACUAUUGUUCUGUUAAAAUUAGAAGAGACAGCAGAAAAUGUUGCUCAAUUUUUGAACAAAUUGCAUCCAUCAAUUAAAUUCACUUUCGAAGAAGAAAAUGCUAGUGAACACACGUUACCCUUUCUAGAUGUUCUUGUAAAGAAAACUGAAGGCUAUACUACUAGUGUAUAUCGAAAACCGAGUUUCACAGGAUUGAUGACUAAAUGGCUGAGUUUUAUACCCAAAAGGUAUAAACGCAAUGCCAUUUCAACCAUGGUCUAUCGUGCUUUCAACGUCAGUUCAACUUAUCAGAUAUUACACAAUGAAUUCGACGUCAUACGAGUAUUAGCUAGAAAAAAUGGUUAUCCACUAAAUUUUGUUGAGAAAAUUAUUCGAGACCAUUUCAAUCAUGCAUACACCACUCGAUCAAACAAAAACGAUGCUCCAGCUAAAGAAAACAUAAUAUUUCGUAUACCAUAUUUUGGCCAAUGUAGUCAGAUUUAUGCUAAGAGAAUAACAGCAGCAGUUAAGAAAGUUUAUCCACAAAAAGAUGUUCGUAUUGUUUACGAUGUGACGAAGAAAAUUGGUGAUGGUUUUAAGUAUAAAGGAUAG